GCAAAAUAGGAGACCCGGAAGUGACCGUUCUACUGACUUGAGCAAAAGCGACGACACACUUUUCCGUUUCACUGCCAAUUUAUCAUACGUAAUGGCUUGAGCUGUUUUUUUGCGUCACAAUGGAACCGUCUCAUCUCUUGAUGCGGAGAAUAAAGAGGGAAGAGGCGGCCAACGUCUCAGGAAAGCAGCUUUGACGUGAGCUGCUUGUGGUGUUAUCCCAGCAUGUUGGUGACGGCGUACCUCGCCAUAAUUGUCCUGCUUGCCCUAUGCGUUGGCCUGGAGCUGGCGGCACGUCGCUUCGGCCCACCUCAGCCGAGCCAGACGGCCUCGGCCAACCCGGCCUUCCGCCGCUUCCAGAGUGUCUUCCUCCGGGCCUACCUCCUGGCCCUGUGGGCGGACUGGCUCCAGGGUCCUUACCUCUAUAAGCUGUACCGCCACUACAGCUUUUUGGAGUCGCAAAUUGCCAUUAUUUAUGUAUGCGGCUUGGCCUCUUGCGUGCUCUUUGCUCCCUUUUCAGGCUGGAUCCCCCAAGUCCUGGGUCGUAGACGGACCUGUCUACUCUUCUGCUUGUCCUACUCGGCCUGCUGCCUCACCAAGUUGUCCCGAGACUAUUUUGUUCUGAUAACGGGACGCAUCCUGGGCGGUCUAUCCACGUCCCUGCUCUCCACCACCUUUGAGGCCUGGUAUGUGCACAGGCAUGUCGCCGUCCACGAUUUUCCAAAGGAGUGGAUCCCGUGCACCUUCAGCAAAGCCGCCACGUGGAAUCACGGGCUGGCCGUGGCAGCCGGCCUGGUGGCCAACUUGUUUGCCGAAUGGCUGCACCUGGGCCCCGUGGCUCCUUUUCUUCUGGCUGUCCCCUGUUUGGCGUGCUGUGCCUGGCUGGUGGUGAGCGACUGGGGCAAGGAAGAAGCGGAGGACGGCCCUGAGGGUGACAAAGGGACGCUCCUGCUGGGAGGCCCGGCCCGGAUGUCGGCAAAGGGCCGCUUCUUGCACAGCUGCCACGAUGGACUGCGCUGCUUGCUGUCAGACAGGAGGGUCAUGCUCUUGGGCGGCGUGCAGGCUCUGUUUGAAAGUGUCCUCUACAUCUUUGUUUUCCUGUGGACCCCGGUACUGGACCCUCACGGGCCUCCCCUAGGAAUCGUCUUCUCCUGCCUGAUGGCUGCCUCCAUGGUCGGCUCCCUAAUGUUCCGCUUGGCCACGUCGGCGCAUUACCGUCUCCAGCCGGGCCACGUCCUCUGCUUGGCUGUUCUGAUGGCCUUUUUCUCCUUCUUCAUGUUGACUUUUUCCACGGCGCCAGGCCAGCCGAGACCGCGCGAGUCCUUCUUGGCCUUCCUGCUGCUGGAGCUGGCUUGUGGCCUCUACUUCCCGGCGCUCAGCUUCCUCCAGGGCAGGGUGAUCCCGGAGGAGAAGCGAGCCGGAGUGCUAGCUUGGUUCCGCCUGCCUCUGCAUCUGCUGGCCUGCUUGGGGCUGCUGGCGCUCCACGGCGAGGUGUCGGGCGCGGGCGGAGGGGAAGGGGGCGGCGGUACCAGGCACAUGUUUGGCGGCUGCGCGCUUAUGAUGCUGGCGGCCUUGAUGGCCGUCGUCAGUUUGUUCGCGCUGGGCAGGAAUGACUCGGACCUCAGACUGGAGGGAACCAGAGCAGAAGGCGAAAUGUACUGAGGCGUCGACAGUGCAACGCAAGUUUUCUUACAGACGCUGUCAUGUCAUUUCUUUGCAGCUAAGGUUAGAAAGCAAGAAAGGGUCAGAAAAUAAAUUUGACCUCAACUCUA